GCCUCCCCAUCACACAUCAGGACAACAAAACCACCACCCUGCAGGGACUCUCCGUUGCAGCAUCUUCAUCAUUGUCUUCAUGGCUUGUCACCACCUUCUCCUGCUGUGGACCUGCAGCCUGCUGCCAGAUCUUCAGCGCUGCUUCAACUUUAAUGUGAAGAACUUUAAGAUCUUCUCUGGUUCUAAAGAGGCUCAGUUUGGAUAUACAGUGCAGCAGCACGAGGCAGGAGGACGUGCAUGGUUGCUGGUUGGAGCUCCUUUGGAAUUCACUGAGGGGCAGCAGACUGGUGAUGUUUAUAGAUGCCCCCUGGACCAACGAAAUUCUGCCGACUGCAGCAGACUCAAACUAGGAAAGGUUUCUUUGGACAACGUGUCUGAGAGGAAAGAGCAGAUGAGACUGGGACUGACACUGAUCUCCAACCCAAAAGACGACAGCUUUGUGACCUGUGGUCCUCUCUGGUCUCAUGAAUGUGGAAGUUCUCUCUACAGCACCGGAUUGUGCACCAGAGCCAACCGCAAUUUCAAAGCCACCCAUACCUUCGCACCUGCCCUCCAAAGAUGUGAAACAUUCAUGGACAUUGUCAUUGUUUUGGAUGGUUCAAACUCCAUCUACCCGUGGUACGAAGUCCAGGACUUUAUCACAAACGUCUUGCACAAGUUUCACAUCGGCCCAGAUCAGACACAGGUUGGGGUUGUUCAGUAUGGCUCCACAGUGGUCCACGAGUUCAGUUUGGGUGAAUACCAGACAGUAGACACUGUAGUGGAGGCUGUCAGGAACAUUGACCAGCGUGGAGGAUAUGAGACAAGGACUGCGCUAGCUAUCAACGUGGCUCGGUCAGAAGCAUUCCAGCGAGGCGGCAGGCCGGGAGCACAGAAGGUGAUGAUUGUGAUAACAGAUGGUGAAUCCCACGACAGUAUAGAACUUGUUGAUGCUGUCAAUAACAGCAAAAACGAUAACAUCACCAUGUAUGCCAUCGCUGUACUUGGCUACUACAACCGCAGAGGAAUUGACCCUAAAGCAUUUCUGGAGGAAAUCAAGUUUAUUGCCAGUGACCCUGAUGAGAAACACCUCUUUAAGGUCACUGAGGAGUCUGCACUAAAGGAGAUUGUGGAUGCCCUGGGAGAAAGGAUCUUCUCUCUUGAAGGGACCAGCACUAAAGGUCAAGGGUUUGGUCUGCAGAUGGCUCAAGCUGGUUUCUCCUCACAUUUAGUCAAAGAUGGUGUUCUGCUUGGUGCUGUUGGUGCCUACGACUGGAAUGGUGCUGUGUUGAAGGAAACCAAACUCGGUAAAGUUAUUCCACCUAAAUCUUCCUACCAAGAAGAGUUUCCAGAGGCUCUGAAAAACCAUGCAGCCUACCUGGGUUACUCUGUGAGUUCACUGGUUUCCUCCCGUGGCUCUCAGUUCUAUGUAGCUGGAGCUCCAAGGUUCAACCACACCGGCAAGGUGAUCAUCUUCACCUUGAAGAACAGUGGAAACCUGACCAUUCUCCGAGCACUGCUGGGGGAGCAGAUUGGGUCAUACUUCGGCAGUGAACUGUUAUCCAUGGACAUAGACAACAAUGGAUACACUGACUACCUGCUGAUAGCAGCACCAAUGUUUUACAAAGGCGGCUGGGAGAGAGGCAGGGUCUACGUUUACUCAAUCAGCCCUCAGACGUCCUUCAUUCUUCAGGAGGUUCUGGAGGUUUCUGAUCGUUCUCAAAAUUCUCGUCUGGGUUCAUCCCUGGCUCAGAUAGCUGAUAUGAAUGGAGAUGGCUGCAGUGAACUUGUGGUUGGAGCCCCACUGGAGGAUGACCACCAGGGGGCAGUCUACCUGUUUUACAGCCUGAACAAAAGCAUCCAGCCAAACUAUAAACAGCGUAUCUCUGCAGUAGGCUUCGCUGCAGGGCUGCAGUAUUUUGGACAAAGUCUUCAUGGAGUCCUUGACAUCAAUUCAGAUGGACUUGUAGAUCUUGCAGUGGGAGCUUUGGGAGCUGCUGUCACAAUCAUGUCUCGUGGCGUGGUGCGGAUUGAAGCCAAUCUGACCUUUCAGCCUGAGAAGGUCAACGUCUUCAACAAGGACUGCCGACGAGGAGGGAAGGAUGUCACCUGCAUGAACGUGACCGUGUGUCUGAGUCUGGACAGGAGGGUUAAAACUAAACCACAGACCAGAGCAACAGUGGGUGUUUUCUACAGCCUGGUGUUUGAUGAGAGGCGACCUUCUCCGCGGGCGCUCAUGGAUGACCCACAGCAGCUCCUCGCCAUUCCCCUACAGACUGGAGGUCAGAUGUGUGAUCGUCUGAGCUUCACCGUCCAGGAAACUGCAGACUAUUGGCGCCCCAUCGUGGUUGUCAUGGAAACCAGGUUACAGAAUCAGGAUGAUGGACCGGUGUUGGACCCAGACUGGCCAAGCAGCUGGAGAACCGAGCUCCAUUUCUGGAAUGGCUGUGAGCAGGAGGAGAACUGCACUCCGGACCUCAUCCUUAACAGUCGCACCGACCUGAAGAACGCUCAGCAAUUCUGCAGCUGGAGGGGACAGACGGCAUACUCCUUCUGUGAGCAGGAUGACCCGCUGUUCGUGGUGGAAUCGGGCCGGAGGAGGAUGGUGGUGUUUGCUCGACUGGAGAACCAGGGAGAGAACGCCUACCGAGCUGCCAUCCACAUCUCCACCUCCCCCAACCUUCUGUUCUCCAGCCUCUUAGUUAAGGGUCAGUCAGACAUCCAGAUUGAGUGCUCCACCACAAACAUUACAGCCGCUUGGAGGAGCUGCAACAUCAGUAACCCCUUCAUGAAGUCACUGUCGCAGGUAUCUUUUCAUCUGGAGUUUGAGUUCAGUCGUUCUAUUCUUCUGGAUCACGCACACGUUGUCAUGGAAGCCUCUAGUGAUGGAGUUGAGAGAAAUCCCAGCGACAACAUCAACAGCAUCUUCCUCCCUCUGAGGUUUGAAGCGGACCUCCUCUUCACCAGAGACCCAUACCCUCCUCAUUUUGGAAUACGAGCUGACUCCUCCUCCUCGUCUUGGGACCAAUCAGACACUUCAGAUUCCACCUUCAACCUAACGUUUAAUAUUCAGAACCUGGGCAUCUUCUCAGUGACGGAGCUGCACUUCAGGGCCAACAUCUGGGCUGUGACCAUGAAGAUGAACCAGCUGGUGGACAUUAUAGACUACACUAUUGAAGAGCAGGCGGCCGACUCCAACUGUUCAAUUCCCCACGCUGAAGCAAGGCGUGCUGCUGCCCCUGAGGACCUGUCGCACCUGUCACAACUGAACCGCAGUAACAGUGUGAGCAUCGUGGUCCUCUGUAGGCUGAGCGUCCCGGCAUCGGCACAGGUAACGGUGACGCUCAUGGGAAGACUGCAGCUCUCUGUUCUACACGCUGUCAGCUUUAAGUCUUUGGAGCUGACGGGCGCCGCCUCUGUCUAUCUGGAGGCAUCCAGUCCCAUGGUCCUGCAGGAGGACAAACCUGUCAGACAGGUACUGCUGCACCUGAGGAAGGAGGAGGAGAACUCUGUUCCCAUCUGGAUCAUUCUUGGCAGCUCGCUGGCCGGCCUGCUGCUGCUCGGCCUGCUGGUUCUGGGCCUGUGGAAGCUGGGUUUCUUCAAGAGACAAAGAAGACAAGAGGAAGAGGAGCAGCCUGCAGCCAGCUGGAAGUCAGCCCCGCAGCUAUAGAUGGGGAGACAUCGCCAUUGUUGGGAUGCUCUGCGGCCAAAUGUAGACUUGAAUGCAUCAGAAGUCUGAACAGCUCAACUGCAGGACUGAAGUGGACACAUCUGCCUGCAGACUGAUGACGAAGGGUUCUUCUGACCCAGGAAGCCAUUCAGCUCUGGAUUAUGAAACAAACUCAUGAAACCAGUGAAAUGCAGCUUAUUUAAGAGGGUCUUGGAUCUGUGUUUGGAAACAGAAAUGCUACUCUACAAUGAAACUCCUUUUUGUGUAUUUGAUUUUCUGCUCUCCGUUUGCUCAAACACAAGCUCCAGACUUUCUGCAGUGACGAGCCGAAGUCUUUUGAAUCGACUCUAACUCAAACAGGUCAUGACUUACCGUGUUAAACAGGUUUCUGUAGAAAGAUGCAACAUUGAGUCCAUUUAGUCAAUUUACUGAAGCUGAUCCAACAAUUACUGCCUAAGAAAUGCUUACUCAGCUGUUUCAAUGUGAACUUUAAAUGUAUCAACAAUUCUUUUCACUGACAACAUUUUGACUGUGUUCUGGAGGCAAAUGUGGCUUUUGAAAUGAAUUGGCUGUAGGACUCUUCAAAAAUGAGAUGUUGGGGACCACACAAGACCAGACGCAGCCUUGACUAAGGCCGGCGUGUAUUUACGGCUGAUCUGCACUACUGUUGGUUCAUUUACAUUUCUACUUGAGCUGCGUGUGAAGGAAGCUAAAGUAAUGUCAAUAUUCAGAACAGAGAGGGAAGUGAACCUCUGUCUCCUCUCUCUACCUGCAGCAUCUGCCGAUUUUUGUCAAAAAGAGUCAAAUGGGGAGAGAAAAUGGACUCACUGGAUUUGUGUGUGCGUAAUAUUUCAUUUGUAACUCUUAAAAUAUAUAUUUUGUGCCUAA